AUGUCCGAUAAAGGCGAACCCGAACAAGCCAAAGACGCAACUGUUGGCCUGAAGUCAGAUUUGAAGACUCUCCGACAACUGACCUCCUCAUCCGAAGCUGCCAAGAAGCAUCGAGAAGCUUCUAAAGAUGAAAGAGCAAAGCGCAACUUGGAGGAAGCGGUUGAGAGAACCUUAAGACAGCAAGACGAAGGACCCAGGUACAACUCUAGGAAAUGA